AGCGCUGCAAAAAGAUCUCUGUACUCCCCCACGUGGUUAUUUUCAAAACAACUCGGAUAAACCCGGAGAAACCCAAUUAUUCCUUACUGUUUCCCGGCCCCUUCUGCCUUACCUAGUUGGGGGGUGGAAACGGGGAAAACAAACACGGGGACGGCCAAUUGCGAGGAGCCGGGACCGGCGUGCCGUCAGCCAACCAAGCGGCCCGCAAGGGGGAAAGCGGAAUAUCGCGGCACAUGAGUUAGUAGGGAGCCAAUGCAAGCGAAGGGGAGGAGUGUCUUGUCGUUUUCGAGACCUCCCUGAGAAGAUUGUUGCAUUUUUGGCUCUAAAGCCCAGAGAUCUCCGAAGUGCCGUCAGUGUUCGAAGUAGAAGUCAUGGCUACAACAGCUCAGUAUAUUCCCCGGAAUAACUCUUUACCUUCCAAUCCACUCAUGCAUCCGGACUCGGAUAGGAUGCAUCAGGGGACAACUUACAGAGAGGUGCAGAAAAUGAUGCACCACGAGUAUUUGCAAGGACUUGCGGCGACGAACACUGGGCAUCCGAUGAGUCUGACGCACCACCAGUGGCUACCCACCUCCAGCACCGACUGGACCAGCGGAACCCACAUCGGGCAGCCUGAGCACAAUAAAUCAAGCGUUCAAGCUAGUCGAGAGGACCUGAACGGCGGCUUUCACCACAGGUCGCACCUGGUACACCAACAGACGCAGAACAGCCACCACGGGUCAUGGGCGCCGACCACGACUCACCACUUGUCCCCACUGUCUCCUGCCUCCAACGGCCACCAGUCUCUUGUCUACUCCCAGCCGGGCUACACGAAUCUAAACGCCAUGCUGAGCCCGCAGCCCUCAUCCCUGCACCACGGAAUGAGAGACCCACUCCACGAAGACGCAAGCAGUCACGACAACCAGAUGGAGUCCCCACAGCAGCCUUUUGGACACCACCAGGACCACUCGGACGAAGAUGCUCCCAGCUCCGAUGACCUGGAGCAGUUUGCUAAACAGUUCAAGCAGCGGCGGAUCAAACUGGGCUUCACGCAGGCGGACGUGGGCUUGGCGCUGGGAACCCUCUACGGUAACGUCUUCUCCCAAACGACCAUCUGCAGGUUCGAGGCGCUGCAGCUGAGUUUCAAGAACAUGUGCAAACUUAAGCCGCUACUUAACAAGUGGCUGGAGGAGACAGACUCCAACACCGGCAGUCCGACCAAUUUGGACAAGAUCGCCGCUCAGGGCAGGAAACGAAAGAAGAGGACCUCGAUUGAGGUCGGAGUGAAAGGAGCGCUGGAGAACCAUUUCUUAAAAUGCCCUAAACCCUCCGCCCACGAGAUCACCAGCUUAGCGGGAACUCUUCAGCUGGAAAAAGAAGUUGUCCGCGUUUGGUUUUGCAACAGAAGACAGAAAGAGAAACGGAUGACCCCGGUCGGGGUACCUCACCCGAGUAUGGAGGAUGUAUACUCACAGGCAGACACCCCCCCGCUACACCAUACGCUACAGAGUCCUGUCCAGUGACUACUUUAAUGAACUAGUCUAUUAUUUAAAAGAGAAAAAUAAUUACAAAAGGGACUGUGGAAUUUACAGUAUUUUAUUUUGCUUUCGUUUUCUUAAAAAAAAAGAAAAAAAGAAAGACAUAUGGCAAGUGAUUGGUCGCCGGUAACCGAAGAUUAUGGUACAAAACAUGUAGGCGUGCUGGAAUUUUUUGUUCGUUUUAAUAGGUUUAUUUCUAUGAAAAAAAAAUCCACGUGCAUUUAAAUAAAUCAAAGAUUUUAUGUACCAAAAUGUCGAGGAGGAUGAGUAAGAAAAAUAACAUAUAGGCAAAUGAACCUUCGUGCUAUUGAAAGAGAGAUCGCAGGCCGUUUGUGCUUUAACUGCUGAAGCGCACUUCACGAGCUAUUUCCGAAAGAAAUCUCCAUAAAACUCGGCCUUUUCACUAAAUAGCGUCACGUUUUUCCUGUUUUUUUUUUCCUGGUUAACCGGAUCUAUUAUUAUUAUUAAUUAUUAUUGUUAUUGAUUUCGUUUACGUAUAACUUGUGAUGUAUUGCUUUUCGAGUAUCCUAGCAUCAGUGUCUCUACUGUACUGCAGAACUAAAAUUAUGUCAUUUUUGUUUAUUUCUAUUAAUUAUAAUGCUAUAUAACACAGCAUAAAACAACCUUUACUCCCCGAGUCGACAAUGGGGGAGAAUCGUGAGCGGGAUGGGGGUCAUAUUUUUGAGGGAAAGCGUGACAACACUGGCAAAACAGUGACACUUUCGUCGAAGGCAUUUCUGUACGGAUAUCGCCUGCUGGCAAAGCGACAGAAAUCAGGCUUAGUGACGGCAGUGGCCAAACCUGCAUAUAGAAGCACACAUCACACAGAACAACAUACGGAUUGUUCAACUUUUGUCUAUUUUUUCCCUUUAUUUUGCGUGUAGCACUUAUUUUUUAACGUCACGGUGUUGUUGCUGUUAUACGUUAAUUAGUUAUUCUUUAUCGUGAACGAAUUUCUUCUCAGUUGUGCAAAAAUGUUCGUGUUUACAGUUUCAAAGAGUAGUUGACGCUGUCAAGUAAAUCGCUGACCAUCAUACAAUUACAAUAGAAUAUUGUAAAAGUGAUUAGUGAAACACAACAGAAAGAAUGUUAAGUCUCAGGUAACAUUCACCCCAGCUCGACCUUUCGCUGUAUUAUGUAAAAAAUGAUCGACUUAUCAUAUUACUAUAAGUAAAAAGGCUAUCCCCUUGGUUUAAAUAAAACUAUAUCAUAUUCAGCACAUGCAGAUAACAUCGGAAAAUGCUCAUAGCAAGGUAAUGAAGGCAGGUUUUUCAGAUAUGUUUAUCAUUUUUGCGUUCGAAACAGACAUAUUUGUCUGUAGUGUGUUUUACCGCUAAAUGUUGGGCAGAUUUGAACAGACAGACCCACGGCAGAUUCAUUCCGCAGCGUUACCCGAUACAACGCGAUACUACUACUUUUUAUGAAACGCAUUUUAAGAUACUGUUGCCAGGAUUAUUUCCAAUAUGUAAAUAUGUCGAAUAUGUAAACUUAUGAAUUUGUUUUGAUUUUUCUUUUUCUUUCUGGGCAGUUUUGUACACUUACUAAUUCCGAAAAGAUAUUUUAAUAUGAUUUCAUUUAUGAAUUUGCCGUUUAUAAAUAUAUACAUAUAUAUUUAUUUCCUAAAUGUGUUUUGGAGCUUUUGUUUAGCUCUUUAAUAAUUAUGUUGCAGUGAAUUACAAAAUGUUUUGUUUACUACAUUGGUUGUAUGUUGAUUGCAAAAUGUAGACUGCAAAGUCACAUUGAUAUUUAUGUUUUAGUAAUAUUUUAUUACUUACAUAAAACGCAUAUACACGAAAA